GUUCAGUCCUUCAUGCAAUGACCAAAGCAAGCAUACAGUCAGCAGAUGUAAACAGAAGAGGGACCCAGCUUAAACUUACCUUGAAAGUGAAUGACGGCCAAAGAAUUAUCUUCAAACCUAAAUGGUAUUCUCGGGAAACAAUUUUCACUGAUGGUCCUUUUGAGGGCUGGGACAGACACAAUGGAGAGGUAGCUGCCUUCCAUAUAGGACGGUUAUUGGAAUUCAACAGAACUCCUUUAGUGAUUGGACGGAGGAUCAACCUUAGAACAGAGAUUCUGCCAUAUGCCACAAGCAGACUAAAGAACACUUUCUUCACCAGAGGAAACAACACCUGUUUUUAUGGAAUGUGUCAUUAUUGUCGGGGUGAGUCGACGGGUGUGUGUGGGGACGGCGAUAUAAUGGAGGGAGUUGUUAUGUUGUGGCUUCCUUCCACAUAUGAAUUAUUUAAUCACAACCACCCAUGGAAGCGUACUUACAGAGAGUACAAGGCCAGUUUUGGUAAUCCUUUCAAAGAUGAGGAAUCCAUACUGGCGCCUCUUUACCAGUGUUGCAGGAUCCGUUUCAGGACCUGGCAGAGGUUACUGAUCCUACAGGAUGGGGUCCUCUCUGAGGUCCUGCGGAAAAUCCUGAACCAGGAUCCUAUCAGUCCAGUUCUGUGGAAGUAUCACUAUGGAGCUCUUGACAGGCGUCUAAAGGGCAUCCUGGCCCAGGUACAAGUGUGUAUAGAUCGUAAUGGACUUGAUACAGUACUGGUCAAAGAUGACCAAAUCAGCUGAUGUAUAUUACUUAUAAUGCUGCUGUUUACACUUUAAUUGAUGUUUGCUCCAAUAGGAUCUAUUUUAGUAAAUUGUUACAAAAUGUGGAAGGUUCCUGUGAUAUAACACAUAUGUACAUUAGUUUUACUGAUUUACAAUUGAUUCAUAAUCUUACACCUUAU